CAAUCCGCCCGGGCGUCCAUCUUGAAUACAGUAAGCCAACGGUGACUGACAGCAACGGAGAGUGAAAUCGCGAUAAAUUGAGUUCCGACCGCUCUUAAAAGUCAACUGACUGCGAACACCGGGAAAAUACAUAUUGAAGGAUUACAUUUAGUGCCGUUAUCUGUCAAUUCCGUCUAAUUUUUGGCGUCAUAUUCCCGACGGGGCUGAUGAAGUUAUUUCGGAGGCUGUAACGUUACAUGCUAAGCUUUAUUCAGCCGUCGACAUGUCUUAGUUUAAAACGACUGCUUGUUUUAACUACCUACCUUAGCAGCUCUGGAAAAGCUUUGUGAGGUUGGUAAAUGCAGAUUUGAGUCAUUAACACCCGAAGGGAAUGUGGAUAUAGCGCGUUUGGCCAUAUUUAAGUCCUUCACUGUCAACUUGAGCUCGCGCGUGCGCUGAAUCGUGCGCGUGACCCCAUUUAUUUCACUUUAUCUAUGCUCAGUUGUACUACAUAAAUUAUAUUUAUAAAUAUAUAUAUAAAAAGUGAAGUAAGCGUGAUGCGGAAAUAUCGUUUAGGGAUGGUGAUUAUAUUUUUAUCCCGGUAAAUGUGCAUGCAUUUAGUGUACUGUCAUAGACUUUUCAGGUGGGUGUGAUUUAGAGACAUUGCUCUGCUCGAAAUAUUUGUUUCAUUGCAUCAAUAACAAUAUUUUAUAUAUAUUUUAUGGCGGGUUCUAUGCAUAGGUUGUCCAGCUCUAUUCAUUGGAAAUGGGAGCUGUCCCAUUUACUGAAAGAUCUUAUUGAACGGGCUCGUUUAUUCUGAGCGCGCGGCAGGGCAACAUUGUAUAUAUAGUAUUCGUACGCGUUGGAAUUUCCUCGUUAUUGAUAUGGUUUUUCAGGAAAACUGCUUGGACAGUCAUAGAUAACUUUAUUUCUAAAAGCUCGUCUGCGCGAACUAUCACCAGUGGACUCUUUGAUGCCGUUUUCCCAAUCGCUAAAUCUGAGGACUAUAAACUGCCAUUGGAUUUGUGCACUGCCAUAUAUCACUGACUCGGUGACAUGGAUGUGUUUCACUGACUGCUGAUCAGUAAUUCGAGGGGAAACUUGAAUGCAGAGACUCUUGGAUUUUGUAGGACAAGACAGAAGAUUGAAAAAUGGGACCUGCAACAAAGCUGGCGUUUGGAGUGUUCCUCAUCUCCUGCUCCUCAGGUGCCAUUCUCGGACGCUCAGAGACACAAGAGUGUGUGUUCUACAACUACAACCCCAGCUUGGAGAACCGAGGUAACCGCAGCGGUAUUGAGUCUUGCGUGGGAGACAAGGACAAGAGGCUUCAUUGCUUCGCAACUUGGCGAAAUGUGUCAGGAUCAGUUGAAAUAGUAAAGCAAGGCUGCUGGCUUGACGAUGUCAACUGCUAUGACAGCACUGAGUGUGUGGAGAAGAAGGAGGACCCAGAUGUGUUCUUCUGCUGCUGUGAGGGCAACAUGUGCAACGAGAAGUUCUUCUACAACCCCGAUAUCCCGCCAGUUCAGAGUAAGGCUCCCUUCAGCGACACAAACAGCAAAGUCUUUAAGGCAACAUCCAACCCCUUCACUCAGAAGCCACCACUGUUCAGCACCCUCCUGUACUCCAUCGUGCCCAUCAUGGGCAUCGCUGCCAUUGUCCUGCUCUCCUUCUGGAUGUAUCGGCAUCACAAGCUAGCGUAUCCACCUGUUCUGGUGCCUACCCAGGACCCUGGACCCAUGCCGCCGUCUCCCACCCUGAUCCAGAAGCCACUGCAGUUGUUGGAAAUUAAAGCUAGGGGGCGCUUUGGCUGUGUGUGGAAGGCUCAGCUUCUCAAUGACUAUGUGGCAGUGAAGAUCUUCCCCAUUCAGGACAAGCUGUCUUGGCAGAAUGAGUAUGACAUUUACAAUCUCCCCGGCAUGAGGCAUGAAAACGUUCUGCACUUCAUCGGAGCCGAGAAGAGGGGAAGCAAUCUGGACAUUGAAUUGUGGCUCAUCACGGCUUACCAUGAAAAGGGCUCUCUGACGGACUACCUGAAGGCCAACGUAGUGACGUGGAACGAACUAUGUCACAUCGCUCAGACCAUGGCUCGAGGACUGGCUUACUUGCACUCUGACUUCCCUGGACACAGAGAUGGCCACAAACCAGCCAUUGCACACAGGGAUAUUAAGAGCAAAAACGUGCUGCUGAAGACAAACCUGACGGCCUGUAUAGCUGACUUUGGUCUUGCUCUGAGGUUUGAGGCAGGGAAGUCAGCUGGGGACACGCAUGGGCAGGUGGGAACAAGGCGUUACAUGGCCCCGGAGGUGUUGGAGGGGGCCAUCAACUUCCAGCGAGACUCUUUCCUCAGGAUAGACAUGUAUGCGGUCGGGCUGGUGCUGUGGGAGCUGGCGGCCCGCUGCACUGCCUCUGAUGGUCCAGUUGACGAAUACAUGCUUCCGUUUGAGGAGGAGGUGGGCCAACAUCCCACUCUAGAGGACAUGCAGGAGGUGGUGGUCCACAAAAAGCUUCGGCCCACUCUCAGGGAGUGCUGGCAGAAACAUCCGGGUCUGGCCAUGCUGUGUGAAACUAUAGAGGAGUGUUGGGACCACGAGGCCGAGGCGCGUCUCUCCGCGGGAUGUGUCGAGGAACGUGUGGUACAAAUGCAGCGGCAGACUAGCGUCUCUGCCCCAGAGGAAAUAGUCACCGUCGUAACCAUGGUGACCAACGUGGACUAUCCCCCUAAGGAGUCCAGUCUAUGACUAGAGGAUAUCAGCAUGUGAAUUGCGGGCUGACCGAACAGAAAAGACAUGUCGGGAAUGGUGGUGGACUGCUGUUCUGACAGCCGGCUUCAGACAUGCUGGAUGAUUGUCCUGUACUUACAGCUGGAGCAAAUGCAGACUAUACAUUUUGUGGCGAAUCUGGGUUUAAUACAGGUAUACCUGGAGCCAGCUAUGUUAAUGUUUGUGUGUGUAUAUAUAAACAACUAGUACCACGGAGCGCUCCGGUAAGGACGGAAGAUUAUAAGCCGGCAUCAAAAACGUUGUUGUCGUUUCUCUGCUUGGAGAAGAAACUUUCCCGUUCAAGGAGUAAACGAGACUGCUCCACACGGUCAUUUCAGUAUAAAAAGGGCAACGUCCAUGUAAAAAAAAAACACAUUUAAUGUGUUCAUAUGAAUGACUAUUGUAAUGCCAAUAAGAAACAGCUUUUUGAAUGUGUAGUGUGACGCUGCUGUACAGAUAUCAACAGAAAGGGUGACGAUACAACCCAAAUCAACACGUGUUUUCUCUGAAAGCUUCAGAGCUUCUGUCAGAUAACCACCAACCUCUCGACAAGGUAUACCUCAGUUUCUCAUCCUAAUAAUACGUUUGUUUUGUAACACUAUAUGAUAUAAAAAAGAGGCUUUUCGAUGACCUCCAUUUGGCACGGAAGCUUUUUAAAUACGGGGAAAACUUUUUUUAUAUGACAGAUUAUGCCAAGAAACGAUGGCCAUUCAUAAACCAGUGUUCUGCCUUCUUUCUUUUAGUUGUUCUCUGUGUUGCCCUGCUGUUUAAAAUGUGAUACUUUUUUUUUUUUUUUUAGCAUUGUGACCGUUUGUUUGUUGAAACAAUUUUUGACCUUUAUCAAGACCUGUUGAGAAGAAAAAAAUCCCUGAAAAUAUGAAUUUUGUGAAAAUAAUACAGAAGCACUUACCAAUAUAGGUUUGCAGUGUCCUCACAACAUUGACGUAUGUGCAUGCCUUGUGUUCUUUUUUUCUUUUUCUUUUUUUUCCUUUGUUUUUCAAACCUUUGUUAUCACGUGGAGCUUGUGCAUGAGAUCCCGUUAGCAGUCAUGGAAACCCCUUCGUUAUUCGUUAAUCUGAAGUAUUUCCUGUCUUCAGGGCGUCACUUUUUGUUUAAUUUUCAUUUUCAUUUGGAAUCGUCCAAUCCUGGUCUUCGAUGAUCACUGUCUGUCACGUCAAACUGGUUUCAGAUCAGCAGCCAGGCGACCUUCUACACACUUAUACAAGAACUGUAUCUCAGUAUGUCUCAGGAAGCGUUUCCCUUUGCUUUGAGCCCUCUGGUGCCAUUCUGGUAACCCUUGUUGUAUUAUGUAUGCAAGGGCCCUUGGUAUAUAACACCUUAUUAGUGUGGUCAUAUUAUGUGCAAUAACAUCCUAAGCAGGGACUGUUUAACAGGUCACGGGCCACUUCCAGUGUGGUAAAAAUAUAAGCACCUAGCAGAUUGCUUAGACCAUAAUGUACAUCACGAACUGAAGUUGACGUCAAGCUUACGACAUGCUAUGCAUAUGUUAUGACGCCCGGUUGUCUGAGAGUAUUAAGCUAAAAAUAUGCUGUAAUGGGGACCGAACACAUGCAGUUACUCUCUGCCGACUGGCUGACAGUCUUUCAAAUGAACAGCUUCUUUGUUGCUGCUCUUAAGCUUCGUUCACACUGCACUUAAAUCCAUUUUGAUUUUCAAAUCCAAUCUUUAGGAUCAACUGACAUUUUGCAAAUCUGAUCCAUUUGUUCAGACAUUGUAGUCAGUAUCUGUCCCGAUAUCCCAAUAUCGGUCAUUACCAUCGCACUGCAUCCCAAAUUAUGAAAAAUCUGCCUGAAAUCACACAAUUAAACUGAUUUGAAUCUGAUUUCAAUUCACAUUUGGAUGUGAUUUGAAUCAGGUUCGUAAAAAAUCUUAUUUUUACAAACAACUAAACUGAUUUGAGUCAGAUGCUAAUUUAGAUUUCUGAGAUUUCUGCUGUCUGAACAAAACCUGAAAUUACCAUUUUCAUAACAAUGAUUCAGCGGCUCAUUGAUUUUGUUCAUUUUGGUUCUGAUUAUUAACCAUGUCAAAAAUCCUGAAUUGUGAAAACAUUGAGAUCUGAUCUGACCAUUCAAACUUAACGCUUAAAAAUCUAAUUUUAAUCUGAUUUCAAACCACACUUGGAUGUGGUGUGAAUCCGGUUUGCAUUUCAUGUUGUUUGUUUUUUUUGUUUGUUUUUUUAUCCAUUCACACUACGAACAUCUAAACUGAUUUGAGUACGAUACAAAAUCGAUUUCUGUUGCCUGUCUGAACAAAUUCUGAAAUAUAAUUCAGUGGCUCAUUUUGAUUUUGUGAUACCGCAUGUGAUGCAUUUGACAAUUUUCAGGUUCAUACAACCGUAUGCAAUCAAGCCCUUUCAAUGAAAGCUCUCUAUCUCUCUCUACUGUAGCAUUCUCAGCCAGCUCAUUCUGUUUUACUUCAUCUGACUGCUGUCAGAAUGGUAAAGUAAUAAGGGCCCAUGCCAUCUUUCAAAGGCCCUCAGUUGGACUCUGUAGGUGCAAAAUUGAAGGCCAGGUGGUUAUAAGACCAAGCUAAAGUUCCGGUUAGGGUUAGGAUGAGUGCCGUUGGUUUAAGAGCAUCAUCUGUGAGGUUCUUGCGAUUUAACUUUUGACUGUAAACACUACAGAAGAUUCACUAAGCGUGAGCGACUGCUGCUGGCCUGUAGAGUGUUUUCACCAGGUGCUGUCCUGUACCCUUGUCUGUGUUUGGUGUUUUAUUUGGGGAAUCUGGGAAGAUGGUUGAAAAAGAUAAAAAGCCAAACUUUAAAAGCCCCCUGUUUAGUAGAAGACUCAAUUGAAAAUGCACCGUAUGUACAUAUGAAUGUUGUUUAAGAUUGUGAAAAGAGCAUGAGUUUUUUUAUGUCUCAAAGAAAGAAAUCCUUUAUUGAUAUUAUUAUUAUUAUUAUUAUUAUUAUUAUUAAAUAUUUUAAUGUUAAUUUUGUACAUCUGUAUCUUAGUUUUAUUAAUUUAUAUCAUGGCCCAACUGUCAUUCUUCUUUUCUGGAUAAAUGAGAAGUGAUGCUUUCUCUAUUUUUAAAACUAGUCAGAUACAACACUACAAAAGAAUCAAUCCUUUACCUCAGACUUCCACUCACAGCGUUCAAAAGACUGAACAAACAGUGUAGCACGACAGACAACAUGGUGCAGCGUUGCAAGUAUUGCUCCUGGGAUUCGACCAGCAGCUUCUCUUUGUCUUUUCUCUCAGACACACUUCAGUGACAAUGCUUCUUCUCAUUGAGUGAAUGUCUCCGCUUUACCAAAACUCUAUUUUAGGUGCGAGCAGCUGUAUUACUGUUGUGCUGGACAUGCCAUUUUUGUCCACCUUACUCUUGAGUAUUUAACGCAUUCAGGGCCUGAUCAGACAUAAUUGUUACAUAAUGUACAGAUGAAAUUUUAUGCUACUACUCCCCUCAAAUAAAGUAUAGUGACUGCUCUCAAA